CUCCCGAAGGAUACACUACUACGCUUCUGAAGUCAUAUCACAAAAUAGCAUGUCCAACUUCCAGCUGCCACAAGGAUUGCGACCGGCUGCUCCGCCUUCCGGUGCUGGACCUUCUGGUCUUAGUGGUGGAGCCUCAGGGGCAGGUACGGCUGGUGGGCAGGGGUCCUCAGAACAGGAGCAGGCAGCUGCUAGGGAACGAGCACAAGCGCAGGAAGAGAUGAAAAGGACAAUGAUACAGGCAAUGCUGGAUUCAGCAGCACGAGAGAGACUCUCUCGAAUAUCACUCACACGACCUCAACUCGCUGCUCAGGUUGAAGAAUUAUUAGUACGCAUGGGGACGUCUGGACAAAUCAGAGGGCAGGUCUCGGAUGAUGCGCUGAAGAACUUGUUAGAGCAGGUCUCCAAUCCGCCACAAGCCAAAACUGGCGCUGCUCCCACUGUAUCCACAACUGGAGCUCGCACAAAGUCACUUGGUGCCGGUAUCACAAUACAGCGGAAGCGUGACGACUCGGACUCUGACGAAUACGACUUAUAAUGCAGGGUCACUGUCGAC